CCCCCCCCCCUCCCCCACUCCUCCCCCUACUCACGUUUUUCCCUUUGGGGCUCUCUCUCUCUCUUUGGCGGGCCUUUGUUCCUUCUCCGUCCCCUCCCGGCACCCCUCCGUCAACCGCGCGAGGGGAGGGCGGAGCCUCAUUCUUCGGUGACCCGUCGCUUCGCCUACCUGCUGCUUCCCCUCCCCCUUUGCCACGAUGCUCAUUUUCUUCAUCGUCGACACCAACGUGGCGAUGGGCGCCCGGCUGAGCGGCGACCUUUCCUUCCUGGACCACGCCAAAUCCGGAGUUGAAUACUUCAUCAAGAAGCGAACCACCCAGCAGCGCAAGGAGGCGGACCGCUUCAUUUUGAUGACCUUCGAACCCGGAGCCGAGUGUCUGAAGACCGGCUAUCGGAACAACUUGUCCCAGCUUCAGGCGGCCUUGCGUGGAUUGCGGGCCACGCAUACCGGCCCCUCGGACCCGACGCAUGCGCUGGACUUCGCCUUCAACAUGAUUGCCUCCUUCCGCGCGCAGAUCAACACCGACACCGUUGGCCAUGGCCGGAAUCUGACCUUCACCGAGCCGGCAGCGGUUGUGGUCUUCUCGGCCGGCGGCGGCCCGGGCCCAGUCACCGGCGCUCGGUCGGAGCUGGGCGACCGACCGCCGCUGGUCGCCAGCCCGGUGGACUUUUCCUGCCCCUCAACCGGUGUCGGCUACUCGCAGGGUUCCAUUCACAGUCAACUGUUCGACACUUGCCUCCGGUGGGAUCACCGGGUGUACCACAUUUGCCUGGCCGCGGAAGGCACCGGGCCCGGCACCGCCGGCAUGGCUGCCGGGUCCACCCAACGGCUGGCACGUGCACUUCGGCUGGCCCGGCAAGCGCCGAUCCCGGCUGCCGCGGGCUCCGCACGUCCCAGCCCCAUGGCUCCCCCGGUGAAUGGGGGCAACCUGUCGCGCUUGGUUCGGUCCUCCGGCGGCCGGGCCUUCCUGGCCCCGACCCUGCGCCGCGUGCAACAGGCCGUGGACGAGCUCCUCGGCCUGGCCCCCUCUACCCAGGCCCUGUCGGCCAAGACCCUGGCCGGCCUGGUGGCCGAGCUUCCGGGGCUCGUCUCUCCCACGGGGCCUACGGCUGCCUCGACCCAGGCGCUGGCCGCCGUGCCGAUUGUCGAGUCGGCCGGCGCGGCGGAGCCCUUCUUCACUCGGCCCAGCUUUCGCGUCCUCCUCGAGGACCCCGUCCGCCAUCCCAACCUCCGGCACUCGGCCUAUGUCUAUCUGAAGGCGGAUCCCAGUCGAAAUAGCGCAGCCUGGCCGAUCCCCGAGUCCUUCCUCCCGGAAGCCUCGCACAACUCCUUUCCUCCGCGCACUGCGCACCCUCUGCUAUCGACCAACUCCCAAUUCCGCAGCAUCCCCAUCAUCCCAGGUGUGACGCCCGACGAGUAUGAGAUAUCCACCUGUGCCUUGACCUUCCCGCUGGUGCACUAUGCCACCUCCCACAAGUGCUGGUAUGUCUUCCUCCGCGGAUCGACUCGGCGCUGCGAUCCUGAGGGUAACUUUUUGGAUCCCGAGGGCGGGGCCUCCCCCGCGUCAGGCCCGGGCGGUGGUUCUGGCGCCGAUCCCGCACUCAGCCGGCCCUUUGGCUACCUGCGCUUUGAUGCUGGCCGCUUGCGGCUCUGCAUCAUGCCCUACAACUUUCCGAUGCUCCAGCAUAUCGUGUGCUCCCUCUCAAAUGCCAUCAACUCCGACACGACGGCCACAUUUGUCAAGGACUACUUGGCCUCUGUCCCGAUGUCCCUCCAGCCGUCCAUCCACACCAUCCUCAAGGACGCGGGCUUCGGACACCUGCUGUCGGCACGCGUGGACACCAUCCCCGGAGCCAGCCUCCAUCACCGGCUGCAACGGCUGCGCAAGCAUGCCUCCGAGCACCUGACCAACCUGGACUCGGUCACCCCGCCAGCCAUCUUGGAUCCCUUUUCCUCGCUGCUGGUGGCCACGUUCGCCUUUUCCUCGUCCGUGAUCAAUCUGACCGAGGCCCGGCGCUUGUGGGCCCAGCAGCGGGGCUUGGCCGGCCCGGCGGCCGGCCCGGCGGGCAACCUCUCGCCCACCGCCACGGCCGGCCCGGCUGGCGGCCCGCCCCUCAGUCGCAAGCACCUCCUUCAGUCACUGUCGCUCAUGCGCGGGACCCUCUUCGCGCCGGACCUGUUGGAUAUCUUGUCCGGCGCCCGAAAUAGCGCACCCAUCGGGGAAAUGGGCAAUUACCAGGCCAUCCUCGCCAGCACCCGGUCGCUUCGGCCGGUCGAGGAGGCACUGGCCCCUGGCGGCUCCGGACAAACCGGCCGGCGCAAUUACUUCGGCAAUCCCUAUCGCAAUCGCGAUGUGGCGGUCGAUGAUGAGGCCGACGAGGGGGGCGCCCUUCGUCGGGGCCUGGGGCCCGACUCGCGUGGCAUGUCGGAGUCCCGGCAUUCGCGCCGGCGUUCCAGCGUAUCUUCCGGAGGCGGCGGCACUGCCGCUGCCCCGCCGGGAACCACUGCUGCUGCGCCCGCCUCGGCUGCUGCUCCGGCUGCCACAGCUGCAACUACCACUGGCAUGGCAGAUACACAGCUACCGGACGCCGUGGCUCCCGCCACUCCGCCGCCCAGCUCCCCGGACACCGGGGACUGGUCGGAUGCGAGGCCCGACACGCCGGGUGCCGGCAAGCGUCCGCAUGCGGACGAUCCGGACGAUGGGGCCGGACCUGCCCGGCGACGCCGGCGCAUUGGCACUUCGGUGGACCCCCUUGCUGCCAUUGAUUUGUCCAUCGAUCGCGGCACCCCCACCACGCCAGGAUCUCCCGAGGGCGUGGCUCCGUCGAUGUCGCCAACUUCGGUGGGCCCCUCGGCUGCCGGUUCUCCCCGUCCCUCGGGCCAGGAGUCCUUCAGCCCUCGGCGGCCGGGGGUCCCGGGCCCUGGAACGCUGGUCCCGCCGGCGGCCGGCGACAGUCCGUUCAAUUGGCUUUUCCGCCCGGCGGCUGCUGGGCUCGAGCACCUGCUGGCCGCCACGCCAGGCAUCCAGAUGACCGACCCCGGCGACAUGGCCGUUUCGCGGGACUUCUGCCAGGAGCAAGCCCCACUGUUGCAACAGCAGCUCCAGCAGCACCUGGCCUUGGCUUGCUUGCCGCUCUUGUGGACCCUCCUUGACGGCGCGGACCCCGGCAAUGGCCCCCCCGGUGCCCUGGAGUCCCUGGGACAUGCGGUGGAGGCCCUCCUCCCGGAGGCCGGGGAGGGGGCCGCCGGGGCCCUGAUCCAACGCCUUUGCAUUCUGUCCCGACAGGAGGGCGACGAAUUUGCCGCCCCGGUGGCGGGCUUCCUUCCGCCAGCUCGGGCACCGGACCGCUCGCUGGAACUGCUCCUGACCCUGCAACUGGAUGACACCCUUGGUCGACUGUUGCUUCUCCUUCGGGCUCCCGGGUCUCAGCUGGGGGAUUUGCUACGAGGCAUUUGGCUGACAUGCCACAUGCUUGGGGAGACCCCUGGCGGGUCUUUCCGUCGCGGCACCCCGGCCGCCGGCGGUCUGGCACAUGCGCUGCUUUACUUUUCCGCGCGACACCUCUCGGCCAAUGAUCGCGACUGUCUUGCAGCUGCGAUGCUGGAUGUGGCGCGACUGCUCCAGCCUCCGGCACCCGGAUCGCCCUCUCUCGUUAGCACCAGUGGCAGCAGUGAUGGCAACAGCAAUGCGGCCACCGGGUGAAGGCGCCUCCGUUGAAGGGGGAGGAAAAGGGCAAAAAAAAAAGACCCAUGUUGAACCCUUGGGGCAUUUGGGCGGGCCCCCCUCAGUGCCGUGCCCAAGUGUGAUGCAAAUACAUCCAUAGAAGCAACCG